CAAUUAUUAUUAUCUUCCACUUUCAUCUUACUCUCAAUACAAAAAAAUCUUAUCUUAUUUAAAUCAGAGUCAUCUCAAAAUGGAUUAAAUUGCAAGCGAUGACCGGCCAAUAUAUUGAUUGCAAUUUGCAUGUCAUCUUGGGAAAUUUUCAAGGGUAAGAAGUGUAUAUGAUUGGGUAUAGGUAUACUGAUUACUGAAGCUGUAGCAGAGAGUGAGAACACCAGAGAAGAAAGCAGGGUUUUGCAAAAUGAUGCCGUGCUUGAACUUGUCGACUAACGGAUCUGUACCCAUGGCAUUUGGAGGAACAGAGCAGCCUGCUGCUUAUGGGGAGCUGGUCUCCAUUGGAGGUCUUAGCCCUGAUGUCAAUAAGAAGCUGAGUGGUGCUAUUGCUAAUAUACUUGAGACUAAGCUGUCUGUACCAAAAUCACGAUUCUAUCUCAAAUUUUACGAUACAAAGGGUUCCAACUUGGGCUGGAAUGAAGCGACCUUCUAGGUGUCUUACCUUUGAUUUUUUCACAUCUUGUCUAUACAUCAGUGACCGCAUCUGAUGUAUCUGGGUUCUGAUUAACCCACUUGGACGUCUUCUAUUGUUUGUUUCCAUGGAAAUAUCAUAAUGUAUCAUGGACUGGAUGUUACUAUGUCUUUCGACUGAUUUAAACGUUCUUCUAGUACUGAUUUUGAUCCAAACAUUAGGGCAUCUGUUUCUAUCUAUAUAUCUAUUAGAUUAGAGCAUGCAUGCUUUUGUAUAUUAGGCUAGCAGAGUUGUAAUAUCAAUGCGGAAAAAUUUUCAUUCA